AUGAAGUUGGAUAUUAAGGGCAUCGAUUUUCAUCCCACGGAGCCUUGGGUUUUAACAACUCUCUACAGCGGAAAAAUAGAAAUAUGGUCCUAUGAAACCGGAACGGUAGUCAAAACAAUUGAUGUUACCAAUGUCCCUGUUAGAGCAGGUAAAUUCGUCGCCCGCAAAAAUUGGGUAGUCGUUGGAUCUGACGAUUUCCAGAUCAGGGUUUACAACUAUAAUACUGGUGAACGCGUUACACAAUUUGAGGCUCAUCCUGACUAUAUUAGGUCCAUUGCAAUCCACCCGACAAGACCCUAUGUUUUGACCUCGUCGGACGAUUACACAGUCAAGCUCUGGAAUUGGGACAAUAACUGGAAAUUAGAGCAAGUUUUUGAAGGACAUCAACAUUAUGUGAUGUCUGUUGCCUUCAAUCCAAAGGAUUCCAACACCUUUGCGUCGGCUUGUUUGGAUAAAACUGUGAAGAUCUGGUCUCUUGGAUCCAGAGUUCCAAACUUUACACUCCUUGCUCCCGAAUCAAAGGGUUUCAACUACGUUGAUUACUAUCCCCAUGGAGACAAGCCCUAUCUAAUCACCUCUUCUGAUGAUAAGUCGGUUAAGGUUUGGGAUUACCAAACGAAGUCUUGUGUUGCGACACUGGAGGGGCACUCUUCUAAUGUGUCAUUUGCGGUUUUUCAUUCUGAAUUGCCUUUGAUCAUCUCUGGAUCCGAGGAUGCUUCCAUUAAGAUCUGGAAUUCAAAUACCUACAAACUGGAGAAGUCGUUGAACUAUUCGAUGGAAAGAGCAUGGUGUGUGGCAACAAAAAAAGGCUCCAGUUUAAUGGCUGUUGGUUUCGAUACUGGUCACGUUGUCGUCAAAUUGGGAGAUGACAAGCCUUUAUUAUCCAUGGAUCCUAUGGGUAAAAUUAUUUACUCAAAACAUACCGAUAUAUACAGUUCGGUGAUCAAGGCUUCUGAUACACAAUCAGGAGAUGGUGAAAUUCUGCCUUUGACUCACAAAGAGCUCGGAAGUAUUGAAAUAUUCCCAAGCACAUUGAAACAUUCUCCGAAUGGAAGGUUCGUCACGGUCACAGGAGACAACGAAUACAUCAUUUACACUGCACUGGCGUGGAGGAAUAAGAUGUAUGGGCCUGCUUUGGAUUUUGUUUGGGCCCAGGACUCUAAUUAUUAUGCUAUCAGAGAAUCGGCAUCGUCUGUCAAAAUAUACAAAAACUUCAAAGAGAAGACAAGCGGUCAAAUUGAUCUAGUUUAUGCCGCUGAUAAACUUUUUGGUGGAACCUUGUUAACUGUUAAAUCUGAUGGGUUUGUGUCGUUGUACAAUUGGGAUACGGGUGACUUGGUCAGGAGAAUUGAUGUUGAAGCGGAAGACGUUGUCUGGUCAGAAAAUGGCGAAUUGGUGCUCAUUGUUUCGAGCGAGACUGCUUAUGCACUCAGGUUCGAUAAAGACAUCUUUCAGGAGCACUUGAAUAACGGAACAACUGAUCCACAGGAGGGAUGCGAGGAUUGCUUUGAGGUUCUGUAUGAUGUUCAAGAUCAAAUAGUGAGUGGUCAAUGGGUUGGUGAUGUGUUCAUUUACACUUCUUCCUCGAAUAGGCUUAAUUACCUUGUGGGAGGUUCAAUCAACAACUUGGCCCACUUCGACAAAACCAUGUACUUGCUGGGAUAUUUGCCUAGAGACAAUAAAGUUUACGUUGCUGACAAAGACAUCAACAUCGUGUCUUAUCAUCUCUCGCUGUCUGUCUUAGAGUUCCAAACGGUUGUUCUGCGCGGUGACCUUGAUCAAGCAGAUGAAUUGAUGACGAAUGUUGAUUCCAAAGACAUUCCAAAAAUUGCCAGAUUCUUAGAACAACAAGGCUUCAAAGAGAAAGCACUAGAACUUACAAAUGACACUGAGCAGAAGUUUGAGCUAGCUAUUGAAACAAUGAAUCUCAAUCUUGCACAAGAAAUUGCAGAGCAAGAGAACAGUCCUCAUAAAUGGAAAAAGCUGGGGGAUAUUGCCAUGGCAAGUUGGAAUCUCAAGUUAGCCAACGAAGCUUUCAACAAAUGCAAAGAUUAUGCUUCACUAUUACUUCUCUACACUUCGUUUAAUGAUCUCGCAGGCUUGAAGAAGUUGAGUGACAAAUGUAUUAAAGCAGGGAAAUUCAAUUUGGCAUUUUCUUCUGCAUGGGCUGCAUCGGACUUAACCACUUGUUCUGAGAUUCUUCUCAAGACGGACAGACCUGCAGAGGCUGCUUUGUUGAGCAAAGCAUACGAAGAAAAUGAUACGACUAUCGAUGACAAAAUAUGUCAAUGGAAACUUUAUCUGAAUGGAAUAGGGAAAGAGAAACUAAGUUCAAGAUUGCUUGAUAAGAAGCAGAACAAGAUUGAAGCGGCAGCUGAAAAGAUAGAGGAAACUCUCAUUGAUUUAGAAGAGGAAAGUAGUGAAUCGGUCGAUGUUUGA